AUGGCCUCCGUCUCGGAGCUCGCCUGCAUAUACUCGGCCCUCAUCCUAGAGGAUAAGAUCAAUGCCCUCAUUAAAGCAGCCGGUGUAAAUGUUGAACCUUUCUGGCCAGGCUUGUUUGCAAAGGCUUUGGCCAAUGUCAACAUCGGGAGCCUCAUCUGCAAUGUGGGGGCAGGUGGACCUGCCCCAGCAGCUGGUGCUACACCAGCAGGAGGUCCUGCCCCCUCCACCACUGCUGCCCCAGCUGAGGAGAAGAAAGUGGAAGCAAAGAAAGAAGAAUCUGAAGAGUCUGAUGAUGACAUGGGCUUUGGUCUUUUUGACUAA